AUGAAGAAACUGCAUCAUAACAACCUCGUCUCUUUGAUAGAGGUGCUGGAUGACCCGACAGAGGACUCGCUCUAUAUGGUCAUGGAAAUGUGUAAAAAGGGUGUCGUAAUGAAGGUCGGGCUUGAAGAGCGUGCUGACCCUUACGAGGACGAACUCUGCCGCUGUUGGUUCCGGGAUCUUAUCCUGGGGAUCGAAUAUUUGCACGCCCAAGGGAUCGUUCACCGCGAUAUAAAACCAGAUAAUUGCCUGGUGACAAGUGACGACGUCUUGAAAGUGGUCGACUUUGGAGUGUCUGAGAUGUUCGAGAAGGAUUCGGACAUGUUCACGGCCAAAUCCGCCGGUUCCCCGGCAUUCCUACCGCCCGAGCUGUGUGUCGUAAAGCAUGGAGAUGUUUCAGGGAAGGCGGCCGAUAUCUGGUCCAUGGGUGUUACGCUAUACUGUCUACGCAUCUUCGAGCUGUACGAAGCGAUCAAGAAUGACCCCGUUGUAUGCGAAGGUGAGACCGACGAGAAGUUCAAAGAUCUCAUGUCUCGUAUCCUGGAGAAGGACCCAAACAAGCGCAUUACGAUGGCUGAGCUACGAGAAGAAACACAGGCGCAUCCUUGGGUGACAAGAGAUGGGUUAGACCCUCUGUUACCAGAAAGCGAGAACACAUCAGAUAUUGUUGAGCCCCCAACGGAGGAGGAAAUGAAUUCGGCCAUAACCACGAAUAUUAGCCAUGUGCUAGCGGUGAUGAAAGCUGUGAAGAACUUCAAAAGACUCAUUGAUCCUAACAAAGCCGACCCGCCCAUGCAAAGCAUCCUGGGACAAGAAUAUGAAACCCACUUCGUCCAGCCGCCACAGGAAAUGGAACCAGACGAGAGCUUCUCAACAGCUGAUUUCUCCAUGGCCAACAAGAGCCACAGCCUGAACAUGUAUAACAGAAGAGCCAGGGAGCGGGAUAAUGUUCUCAAGGGGUACCAUGACGUGGCGCGCGAAGGCUUCUCCCAACCGCGGACAGAUGAGCAGUCUCCCGACAGCCCAUCUGCAAUGUACCCGGGGCGCAAAGACUCCGGCUCCAUACACAGCCAGAAAAUCCGAGAAGGCUCCAUGGACGACGUUCAGAAGCCCGCCACGCCUCAUUCGCCGUCUCCCGGCAUCCCGCUCUCCCGAGCAAGCUCCGCGACAACAAAGCGCAGUAUGGAGGGAACGCGCGGCCACGCCCGCGAUCCGCUGGAGGAGGAGUAUCCUUUCCUGUACAUCGGCCCUUCGACCUACACCGGGUCAGCAUCUGCGGAAGCCGAUGCUUCAACUAGCACCAUGGACGUCAUCUACGAUGAACCCGAUACAUUAGCGUCUGACGACUCGCCCGACAUGGAGACUGUCCCCAUCGUCAGCGAGUCGCCUGGCGCUGCCGACUUUGACAUCUACGAGACGGCGUACCGGGAGGAGAUCGAGCGCAUCCGGACGCGCAGUCUACCCCGGCAGGGAACUCUCCCCAAGAUGUAUCUCACCCGUCGAGUCGACGGGAAAGACGACGUGAUGAAACUGGUCGAAGACAAUACCCCCAACGCGGUCCCGGACGUGGGCAGGAAAGUCCCCGUUCCCUCGGUGGACAAUGCCCGUUCCCUAAUUGGCGGCAUAAGCGCUCAAAUGGCACAGCAGCCGGCCCCCGCAGCCACGUCAUCGGCCCAAGUCUCGGAGACGCCCGGAGGAUCCUCGGCGCAGGCGACGACAGAUGCUACCUCCGCCGACGCUUCACCCCCGGAAAGUUCGAAAGCCAGGCUGCGCUCGCUCCUCGGCCGAGUUCGGGGGAGUCGAGGAGCUUGA